UCAAUCUUAUCAUCGCUAACUUCUACUCUAGCGCCAUCAAUGGCAGGUUAUGUACAACUUGUAAAUCAUUUCACAACUUUUGCCAACGAUUGUCAUACUCCGUUUACAAUUACACCGGACAACAGCAGACAAAAUGGCAUCCUCAAGUACUAUGGAUCAGAAGACUGCUAAUGUCCUGUUUGAGGAAGGAGCUGCUCUCAUCCUCCUUAACGUUCCUCCAGGAACAGAGUUUGGUAUCGAUUACAAUUCUUGGAACACCGGUAACCGCUUCAAAGGAGUGAAAAUGAUUCCACCGGGAGUGCACUUUGUCUACUACAGUGCAGUGAAUUUGAAGAGUAGAGACUGUGCUCCUAGGACAGGCUUCUUUCAUUGUUUCAAACCCAGGGAGAUCGUCAUCAAACGAUGGGAUGCAGGAAUCGAGGACUUGGUCGAUGUGAAAGUGACAGACAGUUCUGAUGCGGAAGAGAAAGCCCAGCUGCAAGAGUGUGAUCCAUCCCUCGGAGCUUAUCCGUAUGAGAGUCUGAAACGCUGGUUGUCUUUGACUAAUCUUAUCAGUGCGGAUAUUGUCGCGCAGCUGUCCCCGCUGAGUGGGAAGAUUGUAUCGGUGGCUCAACUUGUCCCUAACAUGGCCACCAGGACAACGGCUGAUAGGAAGCUGAUGGCAGAAGCCAACAAGGAACUCCUGAAGAGCAAGAACCCCGAGGAUCACCUUCCUCAGAUGCAUCGGGAACCAGGAACAGAGAUCAGGUUCUCCAAAAUCUCCGAACAGAACUACCCAGAGGGCGCAACGGCCAAGGAGAUCACCAAGUACAGCCUGGAUCAUACUUACAUCCUGGACAAACUCCUUGCGGAAAACUAUCCUACAGACUCUCAGGGUGUCUUAGCAGAGCUACAGCUUGCCUUUGUGUGCUUCCUCGUAGGACAAGUCUAUGACGCCUUUGACCAGUGGAAGAAGCUUGUCCAUCUCCUCUGUUCCUGCAUCGAAGCAAUGGCUACUCAUGGUGACCUCUACUCCACGUUAGUCAGUAUCCUUCAUUUCCAGGUCAGGGAGAUCCCAUCAGAUUUCUUUGUGGAUAUUGUCUCCAGCAAUAACUUCCUGACGGUGACCUUGAGGGACUUUUUUCUGAACUUGCAUCAAUCUGAGGCGGAGGGAGCCUUGAAGGAGAAAGGCAGGAAGUUCAAGAAGAACCUGACAAAACAUUUCACUUGGGACUUUGAUGAGGAGCCCGAGGACGAGGCUCCUGUUGUUGUUGACCUUUGAUCUCUAAACUUUUGCAAAAUCAGGGAUUGGCAAACCCUCAAUAACUUGUAUUAACUUGUAGCAGCGAGAUGAGUUUGUGAAAGAAUGUGUACCUGUAUGUACAAAAUUUCAGAUCGAAAUAAUCUGUGCUUUUCUCUCUUUGAGUGAAAAUGUAUGCCCUAAUUUUGUACACAACGAAUGGGGUGAAUAAAACAAUACCAUUCGAAAAAUUCCAAUUUAGAAAGAAAAAUGACUCUAACUUGGCUAAUAAUCAAUACUUUUCCAUCAUAGUUUUAGUAAAGUUUUCAAUUAUGAUUUGUUUAAUCAACAUUUUGGCCCUUUUACAUGUCUUGACAUUUUCACUGUGCUAAUCCCUGCAAUACCCUUUAAGCAGUUGUGAAAUAACAAGUUCUAGAAGCUCUAAAGUACUUUGAGGUGAGCUUUUCAACAACAUCCACAACAAAAUAUAUAUAUUUCAAAUAGUAUGAAAAUGUACAUUCAGUGAACCGGGGAAAAAAGUAUGUUCUGAAAUAGAAUUUAUGACCAGUGUUGGUCUAUCAAAACUUUCAACUUUCAACAUUCAAUAAGUCACAACUAAAAAUUAUAGGGAUUGGGUAUCUUUGCCUCAGAUUCUAAACAAAAUCCUGGAUUUAGCUCAUGUUGCAAUCAUAAUGAUAAGUCUUUCGUUCAGUCAGAAAUCCCAAGACUUUUACAAGUCGAUUGCCUGUCUGAUUAUCAAGAUAUUUAUGAUUGGAAUUAGAAAUGUCAAAAACGGUUUGCCAAAUGGUUUUGAACAGUUUGUUAAUAACACUACAGUCUUUUGGGGGAAAAUGAGUAUGGUAAAACCUGUCACUCAAGGAUUUUUACUUUUUUUAAUCACUUCGUGAUCAUUUUGAAGCGCAGCUUUUUUUUUUUAGGGCUUCAGUAUUACACCAUAUCACAGACACGAAUAACACGUAGGCCCGUGCAUCUCAGGUUUGUAGAACUGGAAACAUUGUUAAACAAUGCCUUAACGUGUAUGUUCGUAAUUUUUAAUUUGUUUUUUUAAUACUGGGUUUCCCAUCUAUUUUUUAAAAUAUUUUAAGGAUAAUCUUCAGUAAUGGUAAGACCUCCAGAUCUCUUUGUGAGAAUUGCAACUUAUAAUGUAACUAAGGAAUUUUAUGCAAUAAAAUGAAAGGUAUCAUAAA